AUGUCCGAGCUCGCACGCACGCUUCCAGCAUCCUGGUACUGUAGCCCGUCGCUCUAUCAGCUUGAAAGACGGGCUGUCUUUCUAAAGUCCUGGUACCUGCUCGGUCCUUUGACACGGUUCAUAACUGUUGGCGAGACUGUGAGCUAUGAGAUAGCUCAGCAGCCGAUUCUGGCCGUCAGGAGCUCUGGAGAGUCUGAUCUACCUGUGUCUGAAGAGAUUCAAGUAGUUUGCGCUGAUACUGAAACACCACUACGGCAUCAUGUUACGCCCACCGGACUCGUCUUCACAACUCUCUCCGAUGAUUCCCCGAGCUUCCAUGAGUACUUUCCAGAACUCGAGCCACUUCUUGAGCGGGUAGACUUUACCAAGCUUCCUUACAAGCGCAGCAUCAAGGUCGACGGCUACCAAGAAUGCCUCCACUGUCAAUACACUCACCCGUCAUUCUCAGUCUACUACCCACCGACCUUCUACCAAGUACACAACCACCGAAACUUCUCGCAGCACAUCGCUGACCCUAAGAAACCCGACGAUGGGCUCUUCCUCUUCUUCUUCCCGAUCUGCACCCUGAACGUCUACGGCGGCGGAAUGUCGUCUUUCCGCGUGUGCCCAACUGCAGACCCAAACGUCACCAGGAUGGAAUUCGAUUACUACCACAUGGAGACCGGGGAGAAAUUCGAGGAGUACUUCCGGUUUGUUCGCCAGGUCGCAAUGGAGGAUUAUGAGCUCUGCGAGAAGGCACAGGAGAAUUUGACAAAGGGCGUUUAUCGGGAGGGAAUCCUGAACCCGGAGAAGGAGAAUGGUGUUUCAUUCUACCAAGACCGGGUCUUCGAACUCGUAUGCCAGCAGCACGCAGAGGAUAGGGCCAAAAGACCCCCGACCAAGAUGAAACUCGAAAAACCUGAAACUGUUGGAAGCGUGCAGGCCGCCGCAUGACCAGGAUAAUCGCGUGGCAUGGCGCGGGGGACCAGGCUAGGGAUCAGAUCAGAGAUCAUAUUUGGAGUAACGUAGAUUCUUAUCACACGUUAGGGUGCAACAUCAAUACCCAUAUCAACUAAAUCGAGCAAUAAGAAUGGCCGGCUAUCUUUUCGAGUCUCAGCUCAUUGUCUAAAGUUGAGCAUCGUGGAAAAAUGCAC